AUGGAGCUGAAAGUUGGACCUUUUGACCUCCACAGCCGGCUCGUGAUGAUUCAAGUUGUAAUUGGUUUCUUGCAGGCAAACACCCUACCUGGAUCUUCUCUCAGUCUGCCUCCAUCCCACAUGUACGGCAAUAGGCUGAAUCCAAAUUCAGCAAUGGCAGCACUUAUAGCUCAGUCUGACAACAGCCAAGCAGAUCAAGAUCUCGGAGAUAAUAGCCGCAGCCUUGUUGGCAGAGGAGGUUCACCCAGAGGAAGUCUCUCACCACGAUCCCCUGUAAGCAGCUUGCAGAUUCGCUAUGAUCAAACAGGGAACAGUUGUGGGGAAAAUUUGCCCCCAGUAGCAGCCAGCAUAGAACAGCUUCUGGAGAGGCAAUGGAGUGAAGGACAGCAGUUUUUAUUAGAGCAAGGCACCCCUAGUGACAUUUUAGGAAUGCUUAAAUCAUUACACCAACUUCAGGUUGAAAAUAGGCGCUUAGAAGAGCAGAUAAAGAAUCUGACCGCUAAGAAGGAGCGGCUUCAGCUACUCAAUGCACAGCUCUCGGUGCCCUUUCCAACAAUAACUUCCAAUCCUAGCCCUUCUCAUCAAGUACAUGCCUUUCCAGUACAAGCAGCACCUAGCACUGAUUCGUUGAACAGCAGUAAAAGCCCUCAUCUGGGAAACAGUUUUUUACCAGACAAUUCUCUUCCUGUAUUAAAUCAGGAGAUAACCUCCAGCGGACAAAGCACCAGCAGUUCAUCAGCUCUUUCCACUCCACCACCUGCUGGGCAGAGUCCAGCUCAGCAAGGCUCAGGAGUCACGGGAGUUCAACAGGUCAAUGGUGUGACAGUGGGGGCACUAGCUAGUGGUAUGCAGACUGUAACCUCCACCAUUCCUGCAGUGCCUGCUGUGGGUGGAAUAAUUGGAGCACUGCCAGCCAGCCAGCUGGCAAUCAAUGGAAUUGUAGGGGCUUUAAAUGGGGUAAUUCAGACCCCAGCAACAAUAUCACAGAACCCUUCUCCUCUCACUCACGCAACUGUGCCACCCAAUGCAACGCAUCCUCUGCCAACCACAUUAAAUAACAGUGCCUCGGGACUAGGAUUGCUUCCUGACCAACAGAGACAACUUCUACUCCAUCAACAGCACCAGCAAUUUCAGCAGUUACUAAGUACCCAGCAACUCACAUCAGAACAGCAUCAGGCCCUUUUGUAUCAAUUAGUGCAGCAACAACAUCACCACCACCAACACCAUCAGUCUGAAGUGCAGCAACUGCAGAUUACUGGAGGAGCACAGAUACCCAUAAACAACUUACUGUCAGGCACACAGGCCUCACCGCUUAAUGCAGCUACUACCAACCCAUUCCUUACAAUUCAUGGAGAUAACGCGGCUCAGAAGGUGACAAGGCUCAACGAUAAAACUGGACCAGUUGCGUCAGAGAAGAGUUGA